CUUCGCGAACAGCUGGAAGACGGAGGAGCGCGGAGCUGGAUCCCCGGCUCCGCCUGACACACGUGGUCUCAGGAUGGGUGGAUCAGCCCACACUUGACAUUCAAGUCUUGCGUCCAAGCAGGAAAAGGAGCACUACUCACAGGCAAGCUUCCCAGCUCUCGUCAUUGUGUCUCCUGGGCGGGAUACUUCCUGGCAGAGUUUUUGUGCGCACACACACACACACACACACACACACACACACCGACCCCACAGUGGAUGCAAAGACCCAUUUGGGGCACCGGAGCUGGAAAUAGGAUUUUUUCCACCCUGCUCCAGCCACUGGACAACACUCCUUCUUCCAGAGCUGAGAAGAGGUCCAGAAGUUUCUCCUCUACCUCCAUCGGGCCAUCUACGUGAGCAAAGCAGAAAUCUGCAGCAGCGAAUCAGGGCUCGCCAGCCAUGGGGAGCCCCGGCGAGCCGCUGAGCCGCUUCUGGCGCUGGUACAUCUACGCCAUCCACGGCUACUUCUCGGAAGUGAUGUUCACGGCCGCGUGGUCCUUUGUGGUGGACCGGGACUGGAAGUUCCAGGGGGUGACCAGCGUGUGGGCCCUCUUCAUCUACGGGACCUGUGGCCUGGCCCUCGAGCGCCUCUACGUCCUGCUCAAGGGCCGCAGCUUCCUGGUGACCCGCUGCGCCAUCUACACCCUGUGCAUCUACCUCUGGGAGUUCUCCACCGGUUAUGCGCUGCAAUGCUUCAACGCCUGCCCCUGGGACUACAGCCACUACCGCUACAACUUCAUGGGGCUCGUCACCCUGGAAUACUGCCUCUUCUGGUUCGUCGGCGCCCUCCUGCUGGAGAAAAUCGUCAUCCGCAACGCCCUGCGGCUCAGGCUGGAGGCGGCCGGCAGCUCCCAAGGGCGCCCUUUCCCCAGGUUUGAACUGAAAGACGACUGAGUUCAGGGUAGCUCAGGGCGGAGAGAGAACCAGGGAUAUUGAGAUCAAAGACAGUCAUACUCCAUCCUUUUCUUCCCCUGGACAAAUCCACGGAGGGGACGGCUAUCGAUGGCUACCACCCACGAUGGCUGUGCUCUGCCUCCAUGGUCAGAAGCAGCGAUGCUUCUGAAGGCCCGUUGCCGGAAGCCGCAGGUGGGGAGAGUUGUUCUCGCACUCAAGUCCCACUUCUGGGUUUCCGACGGGCAUCUGGUUGGCCACAGGGUGUUGGGCUGGCUGCGCCCCGAUCCAGCAGGCUUCUUCUUCUUCUUCUUUGCAAUAUAUCCCGAGCCUUUCUUUCCCUUCUUGCAAGGUGAGGGGGAAAGAGCGUCUGAACUCUUCCGACUUUUGAGUUUGAUCCAUGCGUUCGAAUCCUCCGCCACCAGCCGCAGAGCUCACUGGGUGACCUUGGACUCUGGGGACGGUCUCCCGCUUUCACCUACCUCACAGGGUUGUUGUGAGAAGAAGGCAGUCAACGGCGCGAUCCUGGAGCCGUGGCAGAAAGGUCUCUCGCAGGAUCGGAAGGAUUGAACCUGGGACCUUCUGCAGGCCAGGCAAAUGCUCUAACCACUGAGCCACAGCUCUCCCCCUGGAAUCAUAGACUUGCAAGCAUUUCAGCUCCCUCGUACAAUGAGCUGGUCUCUCAGCGUAUAGGAACACUGGGAGCUCCCUUAUGCCGGGGCAAGAGAUGGGUCUGUUUAGCUCAGUAUUGUCAACACUGGCCUCCCUUGGCUCUGCAGGGGUUCAAAGGGGAGACAUUUCCAGCCCUGCCUGGGGUUUUCUUUUUCUUUUUCUUUAUUUAUUAAAUAUGCUGCUGUGGAAUGAACUUGGGUCCUGUUCCUGCAUGCACAGCAGUCGCAACACCCCUGAUUCGCGACUCGUCCCCUAAAAAUAUACUAAGAUGCCGGUUCUUCUUGAUUCUGAAUAAAGGGAUGGUUUAAUAGACACAGAGGAAGCGGCCUUAGAGCAAACCAGUCCAUUGGGCCAUGUACCUCAGUACUGUCUACUCUGACUGGCAGCAGCUCCGCAGGUUUUCAUGCAAAGCAGAUGCUCUAACACUAAGCCACGACCUUUGCCCAAAGUGCCUACGCCAGGGUUUCCCAACCUUGGGUCACUGUUUUUGGACUACACUUCCCAUUCAUUCCUGGGCACUGGUCCUGCUAGCAAGGGAUGAUGGGAGUUGUAGUCCAAAACCAGCUGGAGAACCAAGUUUGGGGAAAUCUGGCCUACACAAUUUACUCCUGUGGCUUAUUUGCACUCUCGCCAUGGGCAGCCUCCCGUUCCUUCUCGAGCUCUUGAAGCCACGUUGGAGGAGGGUGGAGGGUUUGGAGUGGCUCAGAACCCCUCCCCCCCCAGCCUGCCUGGGCCCUGGGUUGGUCCAGCCCUCCAUCCUCUCAGGUCAACAGUGUCACUGCGCAACCAGGGCCAGGGAUGAGUGUUUGGACCUUUCUGAUUCACACCAGCUGAGAAAAUUCACAGGGAAAAGCCUUAUGGUGUUACUCAGAAAAGGGGAGAGAAAUGCCCCAUGGGUGCCGGCUGCAAUCGUUUGAAGGGGUAAGGCAGCCAUAGGCAAACUUGGCCCUCCAGAUGUUUUGGGACUACAACUCCCAUGAUCCCUAGCUAACAGGACCAGUGGUCAGGGAUUAUGGGAAUUGUAGUCCCAAAACAUCAGCAGGGCUGAAUUUGCCUACGCCUGGGGUAAGGGGUAGAGGUGGCAAUCAAAACACCCAAAUAAAACACACCUGACUGAAAAUCCAGACUGUUUGCAGUAAGGAAAGUAACAGGGAAGCAUGAAAUAACACGUGCUUUGAUGCAACGUCAUCUAACAUAUCCCCACAAACAAAGCAGUGCAAGUGCUCAAUAAGCAGGUCAUCUGGAAGUGUCCUCGCUUGACCCAAGCCCACAUUUUAAAAUAAAAUCAGAAAGGGCUUGAGGAUGAGUGUUCGACAAACAGGCUGCCUGUGCUUCAUCAGCCAUCCAGCAGAGGGUGGUGUUGUUGUACUUUGAGAGCAGGCGAGGUGGUCCAGCAGCGAGCGGGAAGUUUUGCAAGCUCUGCAAAAAGUUGGUUUAUUUCUCUGCAGAGUCACGCUCUCUUGGCUUGCAGCUUUCACAGGCAACUUGUGCACACAUGCCAGGAAAACACUCACGUUCUACCCCCCCACACCUUUUAACCCUGAGCAUUGCCAGAACUUUUGCGUAUCCAAUCUGUGUUUUCGGAGCAGAAAGCAAAGGAAAGCAUUGUGACCCAGAAGCAUGCCACUGGAUGAAGCGCUGCAACAGGAGAGAUUGCAUGCAAUUAUAAUUAUUAUAAUUAUGAUUAAUUGGGUUCUGAUUAUGGGCUUCUCAGAAGAGGCAUCUGGUCGGCCGCUGUGAGAACAGGAUACAGGACCAGGUGGGCCACAGACUUGAUCCUGCAGGCCUCUUCCUAUGUUCUUGUGACUUCAGUGUGAGGCGCAGCUAAGGAAACAUCUUUGUCAUUUGCACGAAAACACACAAACCCCAGACCCUCCAAGUGUCCCUAUUUUCCAGGGACAGCCGCCGAUUUACGGAAGCCAUUCUGGUUUCUGAUUUGAUCCCGGAAUGUCCUGCUUUUCCUUAAGCCGUCCAGACAGCUGGAUCGAGGUGGGUCGGGACUGCUGAUUCUUUUAGAUUUGUCAGCAGCCUUUGACAUGGUCGAUCACGAACUUUUGGACCACCGCCUUACCGACGUGGGGAUUCAGGGCACAGUCCGACAAUGCCUGCGCUCCUUUAUCUCAAAACAAAAUAAAAAAAAUUCCUUCCAGUAGCACCUUAGAGACCAACUAAGUUUGUCAUUGGUAUGAGCUUCCGUGUGCAUGCACACUUCUCAAGUGGGCACUAGGGAAGGCAUUGUUGUCAAGGCACUCACUCCUUGGUGUGUGGUGACCUGAAGGUGCAAUCCUUUCCCCGAUGCUUUUUAAUACCUUUAUGCGUCCCCUUGCCCAGAGAUUGUCCAGAGUUUUGGGCUGGGUUGUCAUCAAUAUGCUGAUGACACCCAGAUUUAUCUGUUGAUGGACGGCCGCCCUGCCUCGCCCCGGACACACUGACCAGGUGCUUGGAAGCUGUGGCUGGAUGGCUACGUGGGAGUUGGUUGAAGUUAAAUCCUUCGAAGACGGGGGUCCUCUGGCUGGGUCGGGACAACAUGGGGUUAUGGGGCCAACUCCCACCUCUUGCGGGGACUCAAUUAGUGCCAGUGCCUUCUGUCAAUAGCUUGGGUGUAACCUUCGACGCCUCCCUUUCUAUGGAGGUGCAGGUUGCAGCCACAGCAAAGGUGGCAUUUUUCCAUCUCCGCCGUAUCAAGCAGUUACCUCUCUCGCCCUGAUCUGGCCACAGUGAUCCAUGCGAUGGUCACCUCUAGGCUUGAUUAUUGUAACUCGCUCUACGCGGGGCUGCCCUUGAAGCUGACCCAGAAACUCCAGCGGGUGCAGAAUGCCGUGGAAAGGCUCCUUACGGGGUCCUUGCCGCAGGAUCACAUUCAUCCAGUGUUUUACCAGCUGCACUGGCUCCCGGUGGAGUACAGGGUCAGGUUUAAGGUGCUGGUUUUGACCUUUAAAGCCCUAUGCGGCCUAGGACCCUCGUACCUAUGGGGCCGCCUCUCCUGGUAUGCCCCACGGAGGACCUUAAGGUCUGCAAAUAACAACACUUUGGAGGUCCCAAGCCUCAAGGAGGUUAGAUUGGUUUCCAACUAGGGCCAGGGCCUUUUCAGCACUGGCCCCGACAUGGUGGAACACUCUGUCACAAGAGACCAGGGCCCUGCGGGAUUUGACAUCUUUCCGCAGGGCCAGGAAGGCAGAGCUGUUCCGCCUGGCCUGGCCUUCAGCUUAGACUCACUCUGACCCCUUAUAUGGGAUCUGGUAUAUAAAUUUUCCCUUGGCGUUUUUGCUGGCCCAUAUGGGACCAGCAUGGAUAGCUGGCUCGGGUGAAUAUCUGAUGUUUCCUCCCUUUAUGGUCUUGAUUCAUGGGCUCUUACUAAAAUGAGGCUGCAUUUUAAGCUGUAUUUUAAUUAACUGGGUUUUUU